AUGCCUGGCCUUGCAGUUGACAUUGCAAAAGAAGAUAGUGGCUAUGUCAGCUCCUCUACCUCGACCCUCGUAGACGGUGAAUCCAGAUCUGGCGGGAUGAACACUCGUGCAGCCAUGGCUGACUCGGCAGCCUCGGGUGGAGAUCAGUAUCGUUUGGAAGUAUUAUCGACAAGUCCAUCAACCGACAAGUUCAAUGAUGGCCUUUCCUCCUACCACAUUUCAUCGCCAACACCCCUCCACAACUUCCCACCAGAUCACGACAUCUCACCCUUCAGCACUCCUCCCGUGCUAUUAAGGGUGGGCGGUGCAAGCUCUCCAUCGAGAGAGACAGAACCAGUAUCCUUCUUUGUGCAUGAAAAACUCCUCACCAAAGCCUCGGCCUUCUUCCGUGCCGCUCUUGCUUCCCGUAGCCACCACAUCAAGAACUCAUCAUCCGCUCCUCCAAAUUAUUCUGGGCACAACUUCCUCGAAGCCCAAACCCGCACCAUCGAGCUCCCCGAAGACCGACCCGACGAUGUCCGCUUCUUCCUCAAAUGGCUGUAUUCUGGUUUUGGUGCGGGCGUCUUUCCAGCAAAACCGAGCAAUCCCACGACGUCUGUGAAGGAGCCGAAGACGACACCCUCUUCACCCGAGAGGCCCACCGCUGCCUGUCCAACCACGAAACUGAAUUCGCAAAUCCCACACACCACCCUUUUCACCCCACUUACGACCCGCUCCCUCCGCCUCCACAGCACCUAUAAUCGCGAGCGCCGACUCCUCACCGCCGCAAAACGCCACGGCAACAUCACCCGCCGCAAAACGCCUAAGCGACAUCCCCCAGCUCUUGCCCUCCCGUCCGCCACCACCGGCCUUCGGUCCCCUUAUCCGCCUUUAUGUGUUUGCGGAUAA